UUGCCCAUUGCUUCAGGAAUGGUUGAACCGGUCAUUGAUGAUCUCUCCAGACAAAUUUGAACCAACCAAGCUUCAGAAGAAAAUCAAAACAGAUGCAACCUAGGGACUGGAAUCAUGUGUCAACGGAUCUAUCGAUGAAAACAUGAGGGUCCUCCCCCAUGUGGUGGAGCAGAUCAAGUCCACCCUCGUCCACCGGUACACCCGCCUCAUCACUGCUGCCUCCGCCUCCUCCCCAGUUUCCCUACGUGCCCUCCUCCCCAUCCAUGCCCGUGCCAUCGUCCUCGGUGUAUCCGCCAACCCGGCCUUCGCCACCAGCCUCCUUGCCGGUGUGGCGCCUGCUUCCCUCGCCUACGCACGCAGGGUGUUCGAUGCCACGCCUGUACGCGAUGCCUACAUGUGGAACACUCUCCUCCGUGCACACUCCCACUCCCAGUUGUCACACGCCGCUGACACUCUCGCCCUUUACAAGCGGAUGCGUGCCGCCGGUGUUGCGCCGGACCAUUACACCUACCCAAUUGUGCUCCCGGCUUGUGCGGCUGCGCGUGAGCUGUGGCUUGGACGGGCCGUGCAUGGCGACGUAGUGCGGUUCGCGCUCGCAGGGGACGGGUUUGUGCACAGCGCUCUCAUCACGAUGUACUUUCAGGAAGGGGAGGUGGCCGACGCUGAGCUGGUCUUUGCAGAGAGCCAUGGCUCAUCCCGGACGGUCGUGUCGUGGACUUCCAUGGUUGCUGGCUACGUGCAAAACUACUACUUUGGGGAGGCAGUUGCGCUGUUCGGCACGAUGAUUGCUGAGGGUGUCCUUCCUAAUGAGAUCACUCUGAUCAGUUUCCUGCCCUGCUUGCAGGGCCAAGAAUGGCUGGAUGCCGGGGAAAUGGUUCACGGGUUCGUGAUCAGGUUGGGGUUUGAUGCAAACAUUCCAUUGGCUAAUGCGCUCAUCGCAAUGUAUGGGAAGUGCGGGAGCAUUCCCAUGGCACAAACUCUGUUUGAGGGAAUGCCAGCACGCAGUCUGGCUUCUUGGAACACGAUGGUUGCAAUGUAUGAACAGCAUGCUGAUGUGGUUGAGGCAAUCAAGUUCUUCCGCAGGAUGCUUACUGAGAAAGUGGGGUUUGAUUGUGUGACUUUGGUCAGUGUUCUGUCUGCUUGCGCACGUUCAGGAGCCUUGCAGACUGGCAAAUGGGUGCAUGAGCUUGCCCGGAAUCAUGGGCUUGACACAGAUGCUAGGAUCGGCAAUGUUCUUGUUGACAUGUAUGCAAAGUGCGGUGAGAUUGCUAGUGCAAGGAAUGUCUUUGACUGUUUGCGUAUGCGGAGUGUUGUGUCCUGGAGUGCCAUGAUAAGUGCAUAUGCUAACCAUGGGGCUUCUGAAGAGGCUCUCAAGCUCUUCUCCCUGAUGAAAAACGAAGGGGUGAGACCAAAUUCUUUCACAUUCACUGCAGUUCUAGUGGCAUGUGGUCACUCAGGCCUUGUUGAAGAAGGACUGAAGCAUUUCAACAGCAUCCUUUCUGACUACCAAAUGUCACCUACACUGGAGCACUAUGCCUGCAUGGUUGACAUGCUAGGGCGUGCUGGUAGACUUAUCGAAGCAUAUGAAAUCAUCAGGGGAAUGUCGUUGUGCCCAGACAAGUGUGUGUGGGGUGCAUUCCUUGCAGGUUGUAAGCUUCAUGGUAAUCUUGAGCUAGCUGAAUUCGUUGCCAGGGACCUCUUCCAGUCAGGCUCCAAUGAUGUCACAUUCUAUGUUUUGAUGUCGAACAUGUACUUUGAAGCUGGAAUGUUGAAAGAUGCAGAAAGGAUGAGGUGGGCCAUGAAGGAGAUGGAACUCAAUAAGACAGCUGGGCGUAGCGCAAUUAACCAAUAGGGAAAGAAUAACCGCCAUGAGCUUGGCCAACACAAUGAGGACUACUGCAUGUGACAUCUGUGAUAAUGGUUGCUCUCGAGAAUGUACUUGUGACAUGUGUUUGAUACAUCAUAAUGCAUAGUAGCGGAAAUGAUGUCUGUUUUCUUCUUCGAGGUUUGUCAAGUAUGACAUAUUUGGAUCUGAAUACUUCCUUUCAACUGGUUACAUUCGAAAGGGACCUGGGAUAUUGCCGUACAUUUAUUAACCGAAAAACUUUGUUACUUACGGAUUUUUGUUUGGUAACCGACCUGCAUACACUACAUUGCUCGCUCCAAUACAACACCAAUUCUUUGGGUAUCUGCAUCAGCUAGUAGGGGAUGGUGUGACAUUUGGCGUGGAUGACUUGAAUUUUGAAGUAGAAGAGGCUACUUGUCCAAUCCUAUUUUAAUCAAUUAAAUAAAAAAUUAAAGGUUCAUAACAAAUGAUAAUGCAGUAAAAGGUUAAUCCCAUGGAGGAACUAACUCGAGGUUGACUCACUUUACAUGACUUUUGUGUACGCCUACUAUGAAGCUGAACAAAAAAUGGAAUACGAGUCAAUCCUGCCUGUGUGCAGUCACGAAGCACACAGGAUUUACCAACCAAGCCGCAUCGAAGGUUCUGCAGAUAAAGAAGAGGAAUUGGACUAACAGACGGAAGAAGAGAUGUGGGAGUGAGGGAUGGAAGGACAUGUCAGAACAGUGGCGAAUCUAUAGCCAAUAUCAUUAUCAGGGUCACCCGGACCAAUUUUAUUAAAUCAGUAGAGAAUUGCUGCUCAUUGUUAUUUAUCGUCAAUACUGCUAGCCCUGUUGUGUUAAUGUAAUGAUCCUAAUGAGCUUCGUGUUUGAAUUGGCCACUGGACAAAAUAAAAUCAGGGGUUUUUUAAGGUGGUGCCUUCGAUUUUGCUGGUGUGCUCAUUUUUACCAUUAGUCGUGUUUUUUUCUCAGUUUUACCUUUCCAGUGUUAUAAAGCAGAAGGACAAAAUUGAGUAAAAAACACGACUAAGGGUAAAAAUAAGCACACCAACAAAACCGAGGGCACCAGAGUAGAAAGCUGCCAUCAGCAUGCAGCCCGAGAGCUUUCAUC